UGAAUGUGAUAAUUUCUUUUUAAUAUACGUCUUUAGAAAACAAAAGCUAAUAAUUUUUUUCUGGUGUGAGAUAAGAUUUGAUAAUUGAUUUGAAGAGAGGAAAUGACAAAUGAGUGCACUAAAAUGAUAAAAAAAAAACAAUUAUACCAGUUUUUUUUUUUUAAAUUAUAUUGCUAAUAAUUUUAAAAAUUUCAAAUAGUUGGAUCAAAUUUUAGGGGAGUGGCGGUGCAUCAAAAUUAGGCCCAUAAAUUCAUGGACCGAAGCGUAUUUUGGGCCUUAAUCCAUAAGGGAGCCCUACACCAACAAACCUAAUCCAUUUUCAUUCCCGACCCGUAUCAAAUUAUAAACCCCACACGCUCCUACGUUCUAAGAGCGGAGGAUUUUAGGAUUUUAGGUUCCAAAUUUCAUUCACCGGCUCAGCAUCCAAAACCAUCAAUGGGGAAAAACAAGAGAUCGGAGAAGAGACCCGAAUCCGAACACUCACCUUCCACUGUCUUCGUCACGAACUUGCCCUACUCUUUUACAAACUCUCAGCUUGAAGAAACAUUCAGCGAUGUCGGUCCAAUCAGGCGUUGCUUUAUGGUUACAAAGAAGGGCUCAACUGAGCAUCGUGGUUUUGCUUUCGUUCAAUUUGCUGUUAUCGAAGAUGCAAACCGUGCUAUUGAGUUGAAGAAUGCUUCUUCUGUUGGAGGUCGGAAAAUUGGAGUUAAACAUGCUAUGCACCGUGCUUCAUUGGAACAGCGACGGUCAAAGGCAACCCAAGAUGACACGACAAAGACACAGACAAAGAAUGACAAGGAUGGUGUUACCUCAAUUGUAGACGAGCAUGGUUCAAACCUGCCAAAAUUAGAGAAACCUGUGCAACCUAGAAAAGCAGCAACACUUUGUGCUGAUCUAACUGAUAAAGAGAAUUGUUCAGAAAAGCAGAGGGUUGCUAGGACUGUUAUAUUUGGUGGUCUUCGUAAUACUGAGAUGGCAGAAGAUGUUCACCGACGUGCAAAGGAGAGUGGCACAGUCUGUGCUGUAACUUAUCCUCUUCCAAGAGACGAGCUGGAACAUCAUGGUCUUGCACAAGAUGGAUGCAAAAUGGAUGCUUCAGCUGUGCUUUUCACAAGUGUCAAAUCAGCUCAUGUUGCUGUGGCAAUGCUGCACCAGCAAGAGAUACAUGGAGGCGUUGUGUGGGCACGCCAACUGGGUGGCGAGGGCUCCAAGACUCAAAAGUGGAAACUAAUUAUCAGAAAUCUUCCUUUCAAGGCUAAAUUGAAUGAGAUAAAGGAUAUGUUUUCAGCAGCAGGGUUUGUCUGGGAUGUAUUUAUUCCACAUAAUUCUGAAACUGGGUUAGCUAAGGGUUUUGCUUUUGUCAAAUUCACAAGCAAACAGGAUGCAGAAAAUGCCAUUCAAAAGUUCAAUGGGCAAAUGUUUGGUAAAAGACCCAUAGCUGUUGACUGGGCUGUUCCUAAGAAACUUUACAGUGGUGGUGCUAAUGCUCCCGUUGCUUCAGAUGAUGGGCAGCUGAAUGAAAGAGACGAUGAAAGUGAUAGUAGUAGCAUUGAUAUGGAGCAUGAAGGUGGGAAUGGUGAUAGUGAUGGUGAUAUUGCUUCAGAUGAUUCAAAUAAAUCAGAGACAGAAAGAACACCAAAAGCAGUCGAUUUUGAUAAGGAAGUAGACAUUGCAAGAAAAGUUCUGAAUAGCUUGGUGACAUCCUCUUUUAAAGAUUCUCUUUCUCUCCAUGAUGAUGCCACUAUGCCCAAGAGGGAUGACAAGUCGAAUGUAGAUGAAACCACUAACGUGCUAAAUAACUUACACAUUGAAUCUGCAGUAGAAUCAGAUAUGACUAAACCUGAAAAAUCCAGCAAAAAUAAACAAACAAAUGUUAAACAGAUGGAUGGAGAAGAUGAAUUGCGAAGAACAAUUUUCAUAAGCAACCUUCCAUUUGUUAUUGAUAAUAAAGAAGUGACAGAAAGGUUUUCUGGAUUUGGGCAAGUGCAAUCCUUUCUUCCAGUCCUUCAUCCAGUUACCAAGCGACCGAGAGGAACUGGUUUUAUCAAGUUUAAAACAAUAGAUGCAGCUACUGCAGCAAUUUCAGCAGCAAACACUGCAUCUGGUUUGGGUAUUUUUCUCAAAGGUAGACAACUCAAAGUGUUGAAGGCUUUGGAUCGGAAAUCAGCACAUGAUAAGGAAUUGGAGAAAGCCAAAGUUGAAGAGCAUGACCAUCGUAACCUUUACUUGGCAAAGGAAGGUCUCAUAGUUGAGGGAACUCCUGCUGCUAAAGAUGUUUCAGCUAGUGAUAUGGAAAGACGCAAAAUGUUGCAUGAAAAAAAGAUGACCAAGCUUCAAUCUCCAAAUUUCCAUGUUUCAAAGACAAGACUUGUUAUAUAUAAUUUGCCAAAGUCUUUGACUGAAAAAGAAUUGAAACAACUUUGUAUUGAUGCAGUUACCUCACGAGCUACAAAGCAAACACCUGUAAUACGACAGAUUAAGUUCUUGAAAACUGUGAAGAAGGGAAAGCUUGUUGUUAAGAAUCAGUCACGUGGGGUUGCCUUUGUUGAGUUUACAGAACAUCAGCAUGCACUUGUGGCCCUGAGGGUUCUUAAUAAUAACCCUGAAACUUUUGGUCCCGAGCAUCGUCCAAUAGUGGAGUUUGCUGUUGAUAAUGUGCAGACAUUGAAGCUGCGGAAAGCUAAGUUACAAGCCCAGAAGCAGAAUGCUAUUGAUGAUUUGAACAAUGCACAGCAAAAUGCUGAAUCACAAUCAUUUGAUGCUCACCCUAUCAAAUCCAGAAAACGGAAAUCUAGAGAUAAGAAAAGGGCAACGAAAAAUUCAGAGUUGAAAAAGACUGAGAUGGAAGACAUUGUUGCCACUGGAGAAGGCCAAGCAUAUAAGAAGCCAAAGCACAAUCCAGCGGGUGAAAAGACAAAACCCUCUUCUUCCAAAGAAAUGUUGGAAGGCUCCAAUCAGAAGUUGAAAGGAUCAAAUUGUAAAGCCAAAGAUCGCAAAGGUGGCCUGAAGCCUUCUGUUGGAAGUUCAGAUAAGGUUGAAACAAAUGUUAAUGAUACCGGCAAAUUAAAGUUGAAGGAGGUGGAAGCAGUUUUGCAGCAAAAAGAGAGGUCGCGACAAGAACAGGCAAAGCGGCAGGAGGGAGAGACAAUCAAAAGAAAAAGGCCAAAAAGGAAUAAAGAUCCAGCAGGGCGAGAUGUGGUAGACAAACUUGAUAUGCUAAUCGAACAGUACAGAUCUAAAUUCUCACAGCCCAAAUCUGAAACAUCUGGUGCUGAAAAGCAAGGUUCUAAAAAGCUUAGAAGGUGGUUUCAAGCUUAAUUUCCUGUUAUCAGGUUUUAGCUAGUUUUGUAGCAUAUCUCGACAGAUCCAUCUUUAGAAGAAUGAGAAUUUCUUGAGGCGAUUGAUGUUAACGCAAUUGCUAUAAGUUUUGUACAUUGUUAAAAUUAACAAUUCUGUGCACUUGUAACAUAUAGGUAACAAUUUCAUGCUAUUCUGUUUGUUAUUAGUUGUUACAUACAUACAAUUGAGAUGAAUCCGGCAUUUUAUGACAACUUUAGUAAAAAAGGCGAGAGCAUGUUAUCGAGUUAGUGUUUGUCUAGGCGACUCGUUUUCUCUUAAAUAUUCUUCACAAUUAGUUUGAACUUGGAUGGCCAAAGGGCAAUAUGUUUUUUUUUUU